UGGAUUUUCAAGGAAGGGAGUCCGACUCGCAAACAGCAAUUCAGCUGAAAAUUGGGGGAGCGAGGAGCAAUUUCGCUGGUUUGAAUGAGGUGCUGGCAAGUAGCCCUCAGACGCUGACGGUUGCAUGCGUACUCCUUGAUUAUUGGCUUAGUGGCGGCUACUAGGUAGCCAGACAUUCUCUUGCAAUUUACGUGUACUGAGGGCAGAAUCUGAACAAGGAAAGGACCAGAAGAAAAGGUGCUGAACUCUUUGACGGUGCCGAGAGGAUGGCGGAGGCUGCAGAGCGACGCUUAGCAAUCCUCAGGAAGCAUGUUGAAAAUGAUGCCGCAGGACCAGCUGGUAGUGAUUUGUUGCAUCUUCAGACCACAGCUGGAGAGUACUUAGUAGAUCAAGGGUUUAGCGUUGUCCUUCCAGAGCGGCUAUCAGAGGGCAAGUGGAAUGUACACAGGUCCGCACGCUCCCCCUUGAAGUUGGUGCACAGAUUCCAAGAGGAUCCUGAUGUGAAGACCUGCCACGACAGCUUCGAGCGCAGCAUCAGGGUUUAUGCUGAUGAGCCUUGUCUAGGGACCCGCGUCAAGCCCGACGGCACUGUGGGCCCCUAUGUCUGGAAGUCCUACCGGGAAGCAGGCGCUUUGAGGACUGCCGUGGGCUCUGGUCUGGUGCAGCAAGGCCUUCAACCGGGAGCCAAGGUCGGCCUCUAUUUCAUCAACCGUGAGGAGUGGGUGAUUACCGAGCAGGCCUGCAACUCGUACGCCUUUGUUUCGGUGCCUCUGUACGACACCCUCGGGCCCGACUCUGUGAAGUACAUCAUCAAUCAUGGGGAGCUUGUGGCUGUCUUCUGUACAAGAGACAAGAUGCAGAUUAUGAUGGACAUCCUUCACGAGUGCCCUUCCAUCCGAGUCAUCGUCGUUGUGGGGGGCACCGAACAGACCUUGCCGCUCCCCCCCCCGAAGCGGGACGUUGUGAUCAUGCCCUACUCGAGGUUGGAAGCGCAGGGGCGAGUGAACCCGCUCCCUUUCACCCCCCCGCAAUGUCAAGACUUGGCCACCAUCUGCUACACCAGCGGAACCACCGGAACGCCCAAGGGGGCAAUGAUCACGCACUCAAACUUCGUUGCCAGCACGGCCGGCAUGGCGAUGAUGAAUGAGACAUUUCCUGGCGAUGUGCACAUCUCUUAUCUCCCGCUCGCGCACAUCUACGAACGGCUCAAUGUUCAGAUGGCCAUCCACAACGGAGUCGCCAUCGGCUUCUACCAAGGGGACAUCCUGAAGCUGAUGGACGACAUGCAGGAGCUGAAGCCCACGCUCUUCGCCAGUGUGCCCCGCCUGUACAACCGCAUCUACGACAGAAUAAACGCAACCGUACGGAGUGCUGGCGGGCUGAAGCAGCGCCUCUUCGACGUGGCCUACAGUUCGAAGAAGGCUGGCCUACGAAAAGGUACUCGUGUCUCGCCCGUCUGGGACCGGCUCGUCUUCAACAAAAUCAAGGAGCGGUUAGGCGGCCGCGUGCGCAUCCUCGCCACCGGGGCGUCGCCCAUUUCGCCCGAAGUCUCCGAGUUCCUGCAGAUAUGCUUUGUUGCACGUGUGGUGGAGGGCUACGGUAUGACGGAGACCACUUGCGUCAUCUCCACUCAAGAAGAGGGCGAUAACGAGCCGGGCUCUGUGGGCGCUCCCAACCCUGCCUGCGAGGUCAAGCUGGUUGACGUUCCGGAGAUGAACUACACUAACAAUGACAAGCCCAACCCCCGGGGAGAGGUCUGCGUACGGGGGCCGAUCGUCUUCAAGGGCUACUACAAGGACGUGGAACAGACACGAGACGCGGUAGACGACGACGGCUGGUUGCACACCGGGGAUAUUGGCAUGUGGGUCGACAAGGGGCGGCUCAAGAUCAUUGACAGGAAGAAGAACAUCUUCAAGCUGGCGCAAGGCGAGUACAUCGCCCCGGAGAAGAUCGAAAACGUCUACAACCGGAGCUCCUUGGUUGCGCAGUGCUUCAUACACGGUGAUAGCCUGAACGCUGAGCUGGUGGCCGUGGUGGUGCCAGAUCCGGAAACACUCCCGGAGUGGGCCAAGGCACGAGGCAUCCCGCACGCGAGCAACUACGAGGCGCUGUGCAACGACCCCGUAGCAGCUGCCGCUGUGCUGGCUUCCAUGGACCAGGUCGCUAGAGAGGCCAAGCUGCGCGGGUUCGAGCAAGCCAAGGCGGUCUUCCUCACGCACGAGCCCUUCUCCAUCGAAAACGGCCUCCUCACGCCCACGUUCAAGGUUAAGCGUCCCCAGGCCCGUGCCUUCUUCAAGCAGCAGAUUGAGCAGAUGUACAAGGACCUGGUGAACAAAGACAAGGUGCUUGUGAAGAAGAUUAAGAAGUAGGGCUUCUACAGCGACUCAUUAUGAAUAGGUGGCAUCCUGUAAUUCAGCUGUCUUUGGAUCCGGACAGAUGCACGCAUGGAAGCUAGCGUGCCUUUAAAGAGUGGCAGCAUUUAACAUGUCCAGAUGUUCUGUUCCACUUCUGCAUGCCUUCUGCAAAAAAAAGCGAAACGUAUCCUAGUUCAUUCCUACAAAGUUGAUAUAAACCGUUU